AUUUGAUUUAUGUACACCUCACCAACCCCAUUUCCUCUCUCUCUCCUCUCUCUCUCUCUCUCUCUCUCUCUCACACACACACACACACACCAGAAUAUUUCCUUGCAGGAAUCUUGCCACAAUAUUUUGUCGACCGACAAGAGCGAGAGAGAAUUUAGUCGCUCAAUCGCCACCCCUCUCAAUUUUUUUUUUGUUUUUUUUUUUUUUGAAAUUUUGCUCCGUCGCUCAAUUCAUACAUUUUAUCCUCAAACCGUUGAUCAUCUAUAUUUAUAUCCGAUCAACUUUUUGCUUUUGCUUCAUCCCCUUCCUUUUUUUUUUCUGCUGCAAUUUUGAAGAUAAUGGACGAAUUCGGAGUCCUGGUCGAGAGCAUUGGAUUCAGAGCCCAUGGAAGAUCAGCUCCCAUGGCGAAAUUGAAGCCCAAACCUAAAUCGCAUACCACCCCCAAUAGCACCGUCAACACGUCUUCGUUUGAUAAUUCCUAUUCAUUACCUGUUGACGAGCUCGACGGAAUAUUCCGAUCCAAUGCUAAUAUCUCUAGAACGCGGCAAUUUCAGAAUAGCUUCGUUGAUGACGAUAUUUUCGGCGGCUCUGUUUCUACUUCGAAUCAAUAUGGGGGGAUUGAUUUUGAAUCCGUGUUUAAUAGCUCGAAUAAUCGGACGAAUAACAACAGUUGCAAUUUGGAUUCAAGGAAUCCUACAGGUUUCAAUGAUUACGAUGAUCUUCUGGGGUUAAAUUCAAAGCAGAAAGAUCCUGUUGAUGAUUUGGUUGGGAGUUUUGGGAUGAGUUCCAGUGGGAAGCAUGAUAAAAAGGUGCCUGGUUUGAUACCUGGACCCGGAGCUGCUGCCCCUUCAAAGAUAAUAAACAUCACUCCAGUGUCGAAAGGCCGUCCGUCUAACUCUAGCUCAAAUGUGAUUGAUGAUCCUUUCUUAGCCUUUGAGUCAUCUUUACCUCAGUCGGAUGCCUCUUGGUCUUUUGUUGGGUCUGACAAAGAUAAAGGAAACGAUUCAGUUGAAUCUUGGGUUGAUGAGUUUGAUGAUUUCUCCAAGGGUGGGGCAAAGAGUGGUUCAAACGUUGACGGAUUUACAACCACAAGUAAGAAGCCAAGUUCCGGCACAAGUUCGAAUGGGUUUGAGAAUGCCAAUUAUCUGGAUGAUAUUUUUGGUGGUGGUAAUGCUGUGCAUCGAAACAAUGGAGCAAAACCAAGUUCUAUGGCUCAGGAUCCAUUCUUUGAUGACUUCUUCCAUGAAAAGAAGGAGCCUGAAGUGAAACAAAAUUUUCCUCCCGCCUCAUUGAGCACAAAGAAGAAUUUCUCUGCUACAAAUGUAGACAAUGAUUUUGCUUCAGUUUUUGGAGAUGUUGUCACUUCGUCUGGAGAGUUUCAUGAAAUUGAGGGGGAACCUGCAGAAAGACGAAGAGCUAGGCUAAAUCGCCAUAUGAGAAUGAAUGAACGCAUGGCUGGAGCACUUGCUGCAAAGAACCAGCGUGAUCUUGAGAUUCAGUAUGAGCAGGACGAGAAACGUAGGCUUGCCGAAACCUUCGAGCAUGACAUAAAGCGUUGGGCUGCUGGGAAAGAAGGAAAUUUACGUGCCUUAUUGUCCUCAUUAGAGCAGGUUUUGGGGCCUGAAUCUGGCUGGCGUCCAGUCUCCCUGACAGAUUUGAUUACUUCCGACUCAGUGAAAAAGGUUUACAAGAAAGCAACUUUAUACGUCCACCCGGACAAAGUUCAACAAAGAGGAGCAAAUCUCCAGCAAAAAUAUAUCGCGGAAAAGGUUUUUGAUAUUCUUAAGGAAGCUUCGAACAAAUUUACUGCAGAGGAACUGCGAUAAUUUCCCAGGAUGAAAACUUUCAGGAUUCCUUGUGUUCAACCUAUGAUCCGGCAGGAACCAUCAAGAACAAGAAGCUGUAUGCUCUGUCAAAGUAAUCAUUUUCAACUCUCGUUGUGAAUUUUCUUUAAUGCUUAUGUAAUGAAAUAAUAAAAUGGUUUGCAUGUCUUGUUACUACUUGUACUUCCUUCUUUCCAAAUUUAAUUAAUUUGUGGAUGCAUAUAAUUCAACACUAUGUUCUAUAAACAAGAUUUGAAAUCAACAACGCUGGACCAGAAGAAAAAUUGUUUGAUUC